GUUAUAACCGCGGCACAUAACACAGAAAUUUUGGUUAUUCGCUUGGAUUUGAUUAUUGUGUUGCAUCAUCGAAAUAGCAUGGAAUCAACCCAUGAUCAACCAUGGAAUUAACCUUCUUCAGUGUAUGUUUUCUGGGUUCGGCAACACUGCCUGUGGCCUGUGUGUUAAAAAUCACCUAAAAAUGCUAAUAUUGUUUUGAUACCAAAGAACUAAAAAAGGAGUAUUGAACUUGGUUAAAGUUCUCACAAAUGUAAUAAAAAUAUAAUAAAAUUUCUACUGCACAAUGGGGCAAGGUAAAAGUCAAUUCACAGAAGAUGAACUACAAGAUUACCAAGACCUAACAUACUUUACAAAGAAGGAAGUACUGUAUGCCCAUCAAAAAUUUAAGUCUUUAGCUCCUGAGAAAGUGGGCCAUAACAAAAAUGCAAAGCUGCCAAUGUCUAAGUUAUUGCAGUUUCCAGAGUUAAGUGUUAACCCAUUUGGAGAGAGAAUUUGUAAGGUGUUCAGUUCCAGUCAGGAUGGUGAUUGCACAUUUGAGGAUUUUUUGGACAUGAUGUCUGUCUUCUGUGAAAAUGCUCCAAAACCGGUUAAAGCUGAACAUGCUUUCAGAAUAUUUGAUUUUGAUGGUGAUGAUAUGCUGGGAAUCUCAGAUCUCAAACAAAUUAUAAAUAGACUAACAAAUGACAACAAACUGAAUGACUCAGAAAUGAGCAUGUUGAUACAAAACAUAUUAGCAGAAGCAGAUUUAGAUGAUGACAAUGCUUUGUCUUUUGCAGAAUUUGAGCACAUAAUUGAUAGAUCUCCAGACUUUUUAAGCUCUUUCAGGAUUCGUUUAUAAUGGUGUGGAUAUGUUUCAUUGUGUGAUAUUAUUGAGUUGUCUUGAAAAAAUGAAAUUAUACUAUACCUUAAGUCUGCUUAUAUUUCUAAUAGUAUAUUGUAAUUAAUGUAAUUCCAAACUUGGGCAUAGUAUUUAAACAUCUAGUCAGACUCAACUCUUUUAUGCAUUUCUCAUUAAAUGUACAAUGUGUCAGGAUACUAUGUUUGAAGUUUGGAUUGUAGACCAAAGUAGAUGUUAUUGAGAUAUAUUCUCUACAUUUUGUGCCCUCUUUUGAUCCAAUAUUACUCUUGUAUCAAGAUUUUUACCACUAUAAGAUUGAUACAUAUAUAAAGUAGACUUAUCUAGCCUUACCUGACUCCAUAAUUUUCAACUUUUCAAAACAGGCUCUUAAGUUUGAUCCAGUGACUCACGAAUCAAUCCAGGUCACAAUACUGUUUACAUCUGCUUGGCCCCACUAAAUAAUUGUGCAUAGAUAAGUGGUUUCUAUAUUUAUUGAAAGAUAAUAAGAAACUAAUUAUCAG